AUGGAGCCGUCCCUCUCGCGCACGGCGAGCACCGAGAGCACCGCGUCGUGGCAGCAGCUCACGACGGCGGGCAGCGCGUCGGGCGCGGGCAGCAGAAAGGCCAGAUCGAGCGAGCCCGAGACGGGGGCUGCCAAUGUCGGGCGGGCCAGCGUCUCGCUGCCGCCGCUGAGCGCAAAGGCAAUCCGCCAGAGCCUGCCCGCCCGCCGCGCCUCCAAGGCGUCGGAGAGCAGCUUCUUGGAGUACCUGGGGCAUGCCUGGGCCGGCUCUGCCAUCGACGAGACGGAUGCCACGCCCACGCUAGACACCUCGCGAGCCAGCGUCGCCAGUGCCAGCGCCAGCCUCACCAGCGCCCCCGUCGUCCCGCACCCGCACCCGCCGCCGCCGCCCGCCCCCGAGUCCAAGCGACUCUCCAUCUCGUCGUUUGUCUCGGCCCUGUCGACGCGCGGAUACAGCUGGAGCGCCCGCAGCUCGCUGGCCGGCUCAGAGCCCGAAGCCAGAAUGGACCACCCGCCUGGCACCACGACCGCCACCACGUCCUUCUCCGUCACCACGUCCAGCCAGCAUGGCAGCCUCGGCACAAAGCCCUCGCCCACGCAAUUGCUCUUCCACCAGGACCAAGCACCCGCCGCCCAGGCCCAGAGCCCCAGCGCCCCUCCACAGCAACAACAACAACAACAACAACAACUGCCACCGCACCCGGCCUCGCCCCAGCUGAGCCAGCCGCCGCUCUCGUCGCACCGCCGCUCGCGAAGCCGCACUGCCCGGCGCAUCAGCGGCAGCACCGCCCCGAGCAGCAGCCCGGCCAGCAGAGACAUUCGCGAGAAGAAGCAGACCAAGGGCAUCAUCGGCGUCUGUGCCCUCGAGUCCAAGGCCCGCAGCAAGCCCGCACGCAACAUCUUCGGCAAGCUGGUCGACGAGUUCGAAGUCAAGAUCUUUGGCGACAAGAUCAUCCUCGACGAGGCCGUCGAGAACUGGCCCGUCUGCGACUUUCUCAUCUCCUUCUUCUCGGAUGGCUUCCCCCUCGACAAGGCCAUUGCCUACACCCGCCUGCGCAAGCCCUUUUGCGUCAAUGACCUGCCAAUGCAGCAAGUCUUGUGGGACCGCCGCUUGUGUCUCGGUAUCCUCGACAAGCUCAACGUUCCCACGCCCAAGCGCAUUGAUGUGAGCCGGGACGGCGGGCCCAAGCUGCCGUCGGCCGAAUUCGCCAAGUCUCUGUACGAACGAACCGGUCUGAAACUUGAGGGGCCCGAGGACGGCACGGGUGGUGGUCUACCCGCGCCCAAGAAAGUCGAGCUGAUUGACGACGGCAACACCAUCUGCGUGGACGGCAUGACCCUCACCAAGCCGUUUGUGGAAAAGCCCGUCAGUGGCGAAGAUCACAACAUUCACAUCUACUUUCACAAGAAAGAUGGGGGUGGAGGCAGAAGAUUGUUCCGCAAGAUCAACAACAAGAGCUCGGAGAAAGACGACACUCUUGAAGUGCCAAGGGCCAUUACGGAACCCGGCAGCAGUUACAUCUACGAACAGUUUUUGCGGGUCGAAAACUCCGAGGAUGUCAAAGCAUACACGGUCGGGCCUCAUUUCUGCCAUGCCGAAACGAGAAAGUCUCCGGUUGUCGAUGGACUCGUCAAGCGGAACCCAAGUGGCAAGGAAGUGCGCUAUGUGACGAAGCUGAGCGACGCAGAGGCGGCAAUCGCAUCCAAGAUAUCAGAGGGUUUUGGCCAGCGAGUGUGCGGAUUCGAUUUGCUUCGUACUGGAGACCAGAGCUACGUCAUCGAUGUCAACGGUUGGAGCUUUGUGAAGGACAACGGCGACUAUUACGACAGGGCCGCUACCAUCCUCAAGGACAUGUUCCUCAAGGAAAUUGCACGCAAGCAACGCAAAGAAGCCGCCCACCAUGCCGCUGCUGAUGCGCAAGCUGGGCCAGACGGUGCAUCUGGUGCAGGUACAAAGAAUGGCUCGGGCCAUCGCAAGACUCUCGGGAAGCUCUUCAAAAGCCCCAGUAUGUCAAAGAUGGUGCAUCCCGGUCCCAUCCAUGCUCAUCUACCCCACAUGAGACAUUCGAGCACUAUGCCUUCUUCACCCGAGACAUCCUUGAGCUCAACGCCUGUCGCAACCUCGCCUAGUUUCGAGAAGCCCAACCUGUCCGCAAUUCUUAACCCACCAACAGCCACCUCGACCACAACUUCUGAAGGUGUAGCUUCUGAACCUGAUCUGGCAUUUCCGCCUGCUGUGGAGGAAGAAGACUUGGAUCUUGAACCGGAAAGGUCCAUGUCGGAUGAUCAUGUAAAUGUGCCACCUCCUGCCACUGCAGCGCAGUGGAAACUCAAGGGUGUCGUUUCGGUCAUUCGUCACGCCGACCGCACGCCCAAGCAAAAGUUCAAGUACACGUUUCACAGCAAGCCCUUUGUCGACUUGCUCAAAGGGCACCAGGAGGAGGUGCUGUUGAUUGGCGAAGCAGCAUUGCAAAGCGUCAGCGAUGCAGUCAAGGUAGCCAUGGACGAAGGCAUUGAAGAUCCAAAGAAGCUGCGUGAGUUGCAGUUGUACCUGAACAAAAAGGGAGCAUGGCCCGGCACCAAGGUCCAAAUCAAGCCAAUGUUUCGAAAAAGGAGAAAGGAAGAGCUCCAACCGGGAGAAACAAUGCCUGAAGAGACACCUGAGCCGCAGAAGCCAGAGCCCACAGCUGCAGAAGGCCAAGAGGAGACUGCCAAUGCGGGCACAGAUGACGAGCCUGAGCUACUCAAGAACCGGAGCGACUCCAUGUCGGGAGUCACGUUGUCUCGUAUCACCGCGCAAGACAACAACAUGGUUCUAGACAAGCUGCAGCUAAUCAUCAAGUGGGGAGGCGAGCCGACUCACUCUGCCCGGCACCAGACCCAGGAUAUGGGUGCAAACUUCCGCAACGAUCUUUUGUUGAUGAAUAGGGACAUACUUGAUGAUGUGCACAUAUUCAGUAGCUCAGAGCGGCGAGUGACUACCAGUGCACAAAUCUUCGGUGCUUCUUUCUUAGAAAAGGACCAGUAUCUGGCCGAGCACAUCCAGGUCCGCAAAGAUCUCCUCGACGAUUCCAAUGCUGCAAAGGAUGUCAUGGACAAGGUCAAGAAGAAGCUCAAGACGCUGCUGCGUGCUGGCGAUAAGGCUCCGCCACAGUUUGCUUGGCCCAAAGACGUCCCGGAGCCCUACCUUGUAGUCAGGCAGGUAGUGGAUCUCAUCAAGUUCCACCAACGCGUCAUGAACCACAACUUCAAGAAGAUCGAGUCAGAAGCCGUCUCAUCCCUAUCUGCACUCCAAUCGCCAACGUCGGGGGGACAGCAGCCAGAGCAGCCCCAGUAUACUAACGUCAACCACAUCCAGUCUCGCUGGUGCUGCAACGAAGGUCCCGAGCUGUUCAAGGAACGUUGGGAGAAACUCUUCAAAGAAUUUGGCGAUGCCGACAAGGUCGAUCCCAGCAAGAUAUCUGAGCUCUAUGAUACCAUGAAGUUUGACGCACUUCACAAUCGUAGCUUUCUCGAGUGGGUAUUUACGCCAGAUGCCACGUUCGUAGACGAAGAGUCGGUCGUCGAGAGCCCCAAGCAGACGACACCCGACAAUCAUUCCGGCAAAUCGAUACCAGUCGGUCCAUCCGAAGCCCAGGUCAAAGCAGAAGCCAAGGAGCAAAACUCUGAGAAACCCCAAGAGCGCGGCAGCUUAUCCCAUCGCAUGGGCUUCAGACGCAGGUCUGAGGCUGCCAUGAAAGCACCGGGACCGCCGUCUUAUGUGCACGAAUCCUACUUCAAGCUGUAUUCUGGCCUUGGAAACUCUGCUUCAAAGGCACAGACGGACGCGCGUCUCGUUAAGCUGCGCGAGAUGUACCAUCUCUGCAAGGUCCUCUUUGACUACAUUGGUCCUCAAGAGUAUGGUAUCGAGAGCGAAGAGAAGCUGGAGAUUGGACUGCUCACAUCACUUCCUCUGCUCAAGGAGAUUGUUGGAGACCUUGAAGAGCUGCAGGCAUCGGACACGCCCAAGAGCUUUUUCUACUUCACCAAGGAGUCACACAUCUACACACUUCUAAACUGCAUUUUGGAGGGUGGCAUCAAGACAAAGAUCGAACGCAACGCUAUUCCCGAGCUCGAUUACUUGUCGCAAAUCAACUUUGAACUGUACGAAUCGGAAAACGCCAGUGUUGACGAUCAACCACAUACUUUUAAUUACAGCAUUCGUAUCACGUUGUCGCCAGGUUGUCACGCGUUUGCUCCACUUGACGUACAACUUGACUCUCGCCAUAUGAUUGGAUUCGCACCGCGCCGCAGCCUCACUCUCCAUCAGGACUGGAAAGAGGUUCUCGAGACACUACGCGCCAAGUUCCACACUGUCAAACUACCCAAGUCUUUUGUCGCUAUUGAUCUUAGCGAGAAAGUACCAGAGGCGUUUGAGCGCAACACCAAUGGCAAGGGCAAGGAGCACAACAUGACUGAGAGCGAGGAGCGCGGUAGAACCGAAGAGAGGGGAGAAGGUGUUUCGCUGCUGCCCAUUGCCAAUGAGAAGGGUGAGGUUGUUUCCCCCACCAAGGCGCCGGGCCCAGACUACUCGGGACCCAAGGACAUGAGUCCAACGGACCUGCCUCCGCCAAUGAUGGACGAUAACAAGGAGUAAAGCAACUAGAGGGUGUUGGUAUUUUUCUCUCUUUUUUUUUUGCAUGCAUCCGGUGGUUGCUCUGACGCAUUUUAACUCAGUCGUUGUUUUGCAUAAACGGGCUUAGAGUAGAGGGCUUCUCUUUUUCUUUUCCCUUGUUUUGGUCUAGAGAUGAUGGGACGUAGCAAUGCCUCUCUC